UGUGUUCCUGACAGUAGCCACUCACUCAUUAACACUUCUAGAAGGGCUUCACGUCCAUUUAAAGUGCAAGUACUUUACAGAGCCAAGAGCACAGUCAUUGAGCGGAGCGCGAGGUGCCUGGCCAGCCCACCGUACACAGAUCUAACUGGCUCAGAGCUGGCAACGGCUGCAAGAUGACUUCCAACAACUCCACUGGUGACCUCCAUGCUGCUGCACCACAGCUCAGUGUGACAGACAUCGUUGUCAUUGCUGUGUAUUUUGCAUUGAAUGUGGCUGUAGGCAUAUGGUCUUCUUGUCGAGCCAAUAGGAACACAGUGAGCGGUUACUUCCUGGCAGGCCGGGACAUGACGUGGUGGCCGAUCGGGGCCUCGCUCUUUGCCAGCAGCGAGGGCUCUGGCCUCUUCGUGGGACUAGCGGGCUCUGGUGCGGCUGGAGGCCUUGCCGUGGCAGGUUUCGAGUGGAAUGCCACGUACGUGCUGCUGGCCCUGGCGUGGGUGUUUGUGCCCAUUUAUGUCUCCUCGGAGAUUGUCACCUUGCCUGAAUACAUCGAGAAGCGCUUUGGCGGCCAGCGCAUACGCAUGUACCUGUCCACCCUGUCCCUGCUGCUGUCUGUCUUCACCAAGAUAUCGAUCGACCUGUACGCAGGCGCGCUCUUUGUGCACAUCUGCCUGGGCUGGAACUUCUACCUGUCCACCAUCCUCACACUUGCCAUCACGGCCCUGUACACCAUGGCAGGGGGCCUGGCCACUGUGAUCUACACGGACGCCCUGCAGACGGUCAUCAUGGUGGUGGGAGCCAUCAUCCUGGCAGUCAAAGCUUUCAACCAGAUCGGUGGGUACGGGCAGCUGGAAGCAGCAUAUGCUCGGGCCAUACCCUCCAGGACCAUCGCAAACACCACCUGCCACCUGCCUCGAGCAGAUGCCAUGCACAUGUUCCGAGACCCUUCCACAGGCGACCUCCCAUGGACUGGAAUGACCUUUGGCCUGACCAUCUUGGCUACCUGGUAUUGGUGCACGGACCAGGUCAUUGUGCAGCGGUCCCUGGCUGCACGGAACCUGAACCAUGCCAAGGCAGGCUCCAUCCUCGCCAGCUACCUCAAGAUGCUGCCCAUGGGCCUGAUGGUUAUGCCAGGCAUGAUCAGCCGAGCACUGUUCCCAGAUGACGUGGGCUGCGUGGUGCCGUCCGAGUGUCUACGGGCCUGCGGGGCUGAGAUUGGCUGUUCCAAUAUUGCCUACCCAAAGCUGGUCAUGGAGCUGAUGCCCAUUGGCCUUCGGGGGCUGAUGAUGGCUGUGAUGAUGGCGGCGCUCGUGUCCUCGCUGACGUCCAUCUUUAACAGCAGCAGUUCGCUAUUCACCAUGGACAUCUGGAGGCGGAUGCGGCCCUGUGCUGGAGAGCGCGAGCUGCUGUUUGUGGGACGGAUAGUCAUCGUGAUUCUCACUGGUGUGAGUGUGGCCUGGAUCCCGGUCCUGCAGGGCUCCAACAGCGGGCAGCUCUUCAUCUACAUGCAGUCGGUGACCAGCUCCCUGGCGCCUCCGGUCACCGCAGUUUUCAUCCUGGGCAUAUUCUGGCGGAGGGCCAACGAGAAGGGGGCCUUCUGGGGCCUGAUGGCUGGGCUGCUGGUGGGCGCCCUCAGGCUGGUUCUGGAGUUCCUGUACCCAGCGCCCCCCUGCGGCGAGGCGGACACCAGGCCCGCCCUCAUCCACAGCGUUCACUACCUGCACUUCGCCAUUGCGCUCUUCCUGCUCACCUGUGCCGUGGUGGCAGCCGGUAGUCUGCUGAGUCCCGCCCCCCAGCUCAGGCAGAUUGAGAAUCUCACCUGGUGGACCCUGGCCCGGGAGCCAUUCCUAGGAGCCAAAGCAGGUGACAACCAGACGCCUCAAAAACGUGCUUUCUGGGCCCGUGUGUGUGGCUUCAACGCCAUCCUCCUGAUGUGUGUUAACAUCUUCUUCUAUGCCUACUUCGCCUGAUGCUGCCACCCCCAAGGGAACAUGCACACCCAAAUGCUCAGGACCAUCCUCCUUCCCUAAAGUGUACACGGAGGCCCAGGAGAACAGAAUGGCCUCACAGCUACGCAGUGGGCGGAUCGAUGGCCAGUGGCGACGGAAGCUCUGAAAAUGUAGAGGACAAUAUUGCAGAAAUAGUACGAAAAGUCAGACAUAGCAAGGCAAUGAAAUUUCCGUAGACAUCUA